GUGCUCACCCUCCCCUCUGGGGCCAGACGCAUAUGCUACUCACCAGGACGAGACGCUCGCCUGGAACAAUCCACUCUCUUAGCAUAACAGCGUUUUAUUUGGAAGCCGUGAUCCGGUGGUCGCCGCAUCGGAGUCUGUUGUGGUCCCCAGGCAGCUUAGUAAUCCCAACCUAAUUCCCCUCCCACGUUGGAGUCUUUUCUUUGGCACUCUUAGGGCUCAUUCAUGCGCUUUCUUCUUUUGCCCAGCUGGGGUCGGAGGACUAACACCUCUGGAAAGGAGAAGAAGGAGGAGGAGGUGGCUUUUGGGAGGUUGGCGUCGAGGAUGUGGAUGGAGUGCUCGUGGGUGGGUUGGAGAUGGCUGGAGCUGGAUUGGAAGGAGUGAUGUCAUCACCGAAGUGGUGGUCUUGGAGGUGAGCGCUACGGGAGGUCGCGGUCGCUGGGGUUUGGGGAGCGGGGGGUGGAGCAGUCAUGGGUGGCAGUGCGGAGGAUGGGUACGCAUCGGGAAGCAAUGAGGCGAAGGCAGGGGGAUCAUGGGGUGUGGCUCCCCCUAUCAUGCACAGCUGGUGCCUGCAGCCCGAUCAGCCAGGCAGUGCGUCGGAGUGCCCCUGGAACGACAUACGCGACAGCGGGUCCCGGCUGGGGAACGACGCGGACGACGACUGUGGGUUUGAUCUGAAUCUGGGUCUGUCGUUGGGAGGAGGAGGGGGAGGGGGAGGCAGCAAGAGCAGCAAACUGAAGAGCAAGGAGAAGGAGAGGGAGGUUCUUCUGGACAGAGACGCAUUCCGGGAGAAGGAGGGGUCGCAGGAGCAUGGGCAGCGGAGGGAUGACGGGGUGGCGAAGGAGGCGUCGCACGGCUGUGGGAUGAUGUUCAAGGUGUUGAAGACGGAUCAAGACGGAGCGAGCCAGGCAUUCUGGCAGGAUGCGGAUCGAUCAGGGAGCGAUGCGAAGGAGAAGGGUGUGGGCGGGGGUUUUGCUGGUCGGCAAGGUCCGUCGGGAGCGCAGGCAGGAGAGGCGAAUUGGCGGGGUGGAGAGAGUUCGGUGGCGGAGGACUCGAAGAUGUUCGAGCAGUACAUGUGGCAGGUGCUUCAGGGGACAUCGGGGCAGGGGGAGCAUCAGCGCGGGGAUGGGAGUCCGCAAGAUGAACCGAGGUUGAUGAAGGAGCUGCAGGGUCUUACCCCUCAGGCGGUGGCGACUGCAGCGGUGUGGGCGCGCAUGGUGGCGCAAGGUGGGUUCCCAAUGCAGCAGCUGCUGGAGGCAAUGAAAGAUGGCGUGGAUCCGGCGACGCGGGAAGGGGGGUUUCAGCGGUCGCUGUCGAUGAAGUCGUAUUCGUCCGCUCCACAGUCGGAGGUGGUGGGAGCUCCGUCUCCCACAAUGUCGCAGCAGACGGCAGGCGCGAAUGGUGAUUUGGAGAGGAGCGAUUCAGACGUGAGCAAGAACAUGCACAUGGACCAGCAGCAGCGGCAUGUGGCGAUGAUUCAGCAGCAGGAGCUGGCGGAGCAGCUGCGGAAGAAAGAGCUGCAGACGCAGAAGCGGCAGGAGGCCCGGCGGAAGAGGAAAGCGCUGCUGGAGGAGGCGAAGUCGAGGAAGACGAAGAAGGAGGAGGAGAGGGCGGGAACAGGGACAGGCGGGAGCAAUGGAAAGUGUGGGGUGGAGGGUCCUCCCGGCGGGUUGAGGAGGACGAGUUCGCUGCAGCCAUCGUGCGCGAUGAGCAAGGAGAACUCGGUGUCGUCCCCGGCGGAGAGCCAGGACGCAUCGCAGCAUGGCGGCGAGGGUGGUGGGUUGACGGCAUUCCGGAGACCGGGAAGCAGUUCGUGGAUGCAUCACAAUUGGGAAGGCAGUCCUGGGAUGGGAGGCGCGGGCGCGGCGAAGGCCAAGGUAGAGUCGAUGCACGGAGUGGGAGGUGGGGACGGGAGGACGGAGUCGGGCGAGCAGGCGUCGGAAAGCCGGCGUGGUGUGGAGAAGGCGAGGGACAGGGGUGCAAAAGAGAGCAGCAGCGGGAGCGGAAUGCACAUGGAGGCGGUGAACGAGAAUCGGAAGGGUGGGUGUGGGUCGCCGGGUGUGGUUCCGAUGGAGAAGAUGGACGUGGAUGCGAGCGGUGAGGGGAGGCAUGCAGGAAGCGCGAGCAGGCAGGAGAUGGAUCCUGCAGCAAGGGCGAUGGGCAACGGGCAGAUGGAUCCGGGAUGGAUUCAGAGGACGAUGGGGGUGCAGAUGAGCGGUUAUCAGUUGGCAGCGAUGAUGGAGAGCAAACGGGAGAAUGCAGCGAAGAUGAUGUCGAGCUUUGGGGGGAUGGCGAGAAGAGGCGACGGAGGGGCAGACAGGGCGGGUGGGGGUGCGGGUGCGGGUGCGAGUGGGUCGGGAGAGGCGGAGAGGAGUGCGAAGAAGAGCCGGGGAUCGAACCAGACGAGCUCCGGUGGGACGGAGAGCUCGGACGGGAAGGACGAGAAGACGAACAAUGGGGCGAGGAUGGAGCAGGGUGAUGCCGAAGCGCUGUCGAGCCCGGCGGGGGCGAACGGGGCCGUGGAGAGUCGAAGCAAUCCGGCGAACGGCGUGAUGGGGCCGGAUCGCAGUGCGAUGGCAAUGAUGAGCAUGCCGUUCCCAGCGGGCGGAGGAUUUCCAAUGAUGCCAGGGCCAUUUCCGUUUCCGAUGCCGGUGGCGAGCGGAGGUGGUGCGGGCGGAGUGCCGUUCAGCAUGCCGUUCCCGUUUCCGUACGUGAUGCAGUUCGGGGCGGUUCCAGCAAACCCAGGGGACGGGAACCAAGAGCAACGAGCGCACGGUGUGAUGGCGAGUCCGUUUCAGGUGGCAUUGCCUCCUGGGUAUCCAGCGUUUCAGAUCCAGACGGCGGAAGGGGGCGCAGGAUGGGCGGGUGCGGUGGUGCGGCCGCACGUCAGUCCCCCCGAAUCUCCACCUCGGAGCGGAGCAGGGAAGAGUGGGCAGGCGGGAUCGGUGCGGGAGGACGAGAGACGCGGCGGUCGAGGUGCUGGCAAAGGCAACGAACACGGUCGCAGUCGAAACGCUUCGCCAGGUGGGGAGUGUGAUCCACAGGGGUUGGUGAAGGCGAGCUCGAUGGGCAGUGGGGCGUUCAACAGGCUGCGCACGAGCGCGGGUGCGAGUUCGUCGCCGCUGGGACCUCAGUCGGCGAUGUCUCGGUCAAAGUCGGAUGCGGUGGGAUUGAGAAGGGAGGGGAUGGUGGGGAGUGCAUUUGCAAGCCUGGGGGCGGAGUCGCACGCAGGCGGGAGCGGCGGACAGGGCAGCGGGCAGGGCAUGCAAAGUGGUGGGUCGAAAGGGAGUUCAGGAGUUGGGACCCCGGGUCGCGGCGAGGGUGGCGGAUGUCGGGGAGCGGCGGGCGCAGGGGACGAGGGUGGCGGGUGUGGCGCGGGGUCGGGUAGUGCAGAGCAGGCGGAGGGGGCUGCGGUGGAGAGUGCGUCCGCAGGCGACGAGGAUGUGAAGCGACCGCAGUCGAGCGGGGUGUGGAGGCAGGGGUCGUCGGCGAGCUUGGAGGGGGUGGGGGGGCACGAGGCGUCGAGUCUGCGGCCGGGGAUCGCCGCGGGGCAACAGUUCGGGGGCACGGGGUCCCCGCCAGACCUGCCGUGGGUGACGUGCAACGGGACGAUAUCGGGCGUGCUGUACAGAGUGGAGAAGGGGCAAGUGCGGAUCGUGUGCGCUUGCCACGGGCGGCACAUGACGCCUGCGGAGUUCGUGCAGCAUGCGGGAUGCGGGGAGAUACAGAACCCGGAGAAGGCCAUCGUGGUGGCGCCGACGGUGCUGUCACAACAGGCGGCCUCAGCGCAGGCGUAGGGUGUAGGCGGGGGCGGGGGCGGGGGCGGGGGGAGGAGGGGCUGGAGUCGUGGAUUUGCGAGGAGGAGGGUGGCAGAGCGGAUUUGUCUGUAUAGUAUCUGACAGGCCUCGGAGGGAGGAGUGGGGAGGUGGAAUGAGGACCCUGGAGCGGGGCAGCGGGCUCGCAGGGCACGUCUCCCUGGUUUGUGAGGAGCUGAGCUGAGCUGAGCUGAGCUGAGUGUAGAUAGUUGUCUGCCCGGGACGUAGCGAAAGGUAGGAAAGGACGGUUGGCGCAGUGCAGGAUGUAUAAUAGCCGGCAAGUCUGUGAGUUGGGGUGGUGCGGGUCGCGGGGUGGGCAUGUGCUGUGCUGGCGUUGUACCCCUUGAAGGGAGGAGCGUGCGCAUCGUUUGGUGACAAGCAAGUGCUGGUGCGAAGGAUGAGUGGGUGAUGGGGCGGUGGUUUGGGGGGACGACAGAGGCAGUAACAUUCAUGUCCAAGAGCCGGAAGAGGGAGUUUUGCAGCAGAGUGGGGAGGUGGCGAGACAGAGGCGGGGAAGGUGGAUGGAGGCGUGCGACGUGGGAGUGGAGGUGAUGGUGGAGCGUGGUGGGGAUGGAUGUGUGUAAUGUGGCGUGUCUGUUCCGGCGGUGAUCGCUGUGGUCAGGCGAUGCAUGCAUGCAUGCACUUAUGUUGUCGUGAGUGUGGUGUCGGUGACGGUGUCGGAAGGUUUUCAUGCAGGAUUGUAUGGAGUUGGUCCUCCUCUUUUUUAUUUAUAUAUUUUUGGCUUGGAGCACGUCUGGACU